UUUCCUCUUUCUCAUCAAAUAUUUUAUAUUAUUGCAAAAGACGGCAACCAAGAUUCUUAUGUUUCUGUUGUGUAUAUUGUCACUGAGAGUUUCUUGGCUUCAAAGGCUAGGUAUUUCAAAUGGGAGGUGGGCUAUAUACUUUGGUUGGCGGAUUGUGAGGAUUUUAUGAUAAUAAUUAACGGCCAGUUUCCAGGAGCAAUGAUAAGGGAAGAUACUAUUGUGGUUGACGUUAAGAAUGCGUUUGACACUGGGGGAAGUUGGCAUGGUAUUAGACAGUUUGGAACGCCAUGGACUGAUGGAACAGCCUCCAUCUCACAAUGUGUAAUCAACCCAGAAGAAACUUUUAUCCACAGAUUUAAGGUUGACAAGCCGGCGACAUAUUUCUACCAUGGGUACUACGGUAUGCAAAGGGCAGCAGGGUUGUACGGAUCUCUGAUUGUGGACAUGGCUGAAGGGGAGAAAAGCCCGUAGUUUGACGAGAAGAUAAACCUGAUAUUUAGCGACUGGUACCAUGAGAAUGUAUACGCUAAGAUGGCUGGUCUUUCCUCUAAACCUUUCUGUUGGGUUGGUGAACCGCAAAGCCUGUUGAUUAAUGGUAGAAUACAGUACGGUUGUUCUCUUGCAACUGCACAUGGAAAAAACACUUGCAAUGUAAGUAACAGUCAGUAUGUACCUAUGGUGUUUAAUGUUCUUCCUAACAAGACGUACAGACUGAGGAUUGCAAGCAUUACCUCCUUGGUUCUAUCAAUUUGGACAUUCAGGUAAGCAUAUGCUAUCAUUG